AUGACGGCACCCUCAUAUCACAAACCAUAUAGCAAAGAAGACAAUCGGUUUUCGUCAUCGUAUGCAGCUCUGGAUGGGUUGUAUGCUGUGCAUGAUGAAUUAGGCUGUGGGGGGUUUGGAAAAGUGCGCUUAGCAACACAUUUACUCACUUCCCAGAAAGUUGCCAUCAAAAUCAUCGACAAGCUCAAAAUUAAAAAGGAUGAUUUACCUCGAGUAAAAACGGAACUGGACGCACUUAUGUCGCUGUCACAUCAAAACAUUUGCAGACUUUAUCACUGUAUCGAUACACCUUCAAAAUUUUUUAUUGUGAUGGAGUACUGUAGUGGUGGGGAAAUGUUUGACUACAUAGUAAAAAAGGAACGGUUGGAAGAAUCUGAAGCACGUUACUUUUUUCGACAACUUGUUCAAGCCAUUGCUUACGUUCAUAGCCUAGGAUUUGCUCAUCGAGAUUUAAAACCUGAAAAUCUGCUUCUGACCGAGGAUUUGCAACUAAAAUUAAUUGAUUUUGGUCUUUGCGCUCGGUCAUCCUUUGGAUUAGAUGACUUUUUACAUACCUGUUGUGGUUCACCUGCUUAUGCAGCUCCCGAGCUUAUACAAACUGGGCGAUAUCAUGAACCGGAUUACUUAAGUCCUUUGAGUAAGGAUUUGUUGCGAUUGUUGAUGCAGGUGGAUCCGGAAAAGCGCAUUACCAUUUCUGAGUUGAUUGCUCAUCCAUGGAUCAAUAAAAAGUACACUCAAGCUCUAAAAUGGUCAUCUAUAUAUAAUAAAAAUAUCGUUGAUGAAGAUAUAAUUCACGAGCUCGCGUGCCAUUUUGGGCUGUCAUUUGAUGAAAUGGAAGCCCUAUGGAAAUUUGACUAUCUGACUGCUACAUACUAUCUGUUGUUGCAACAAAAAAGACGUGGAAUGAAUUAUAUUCUACCAUUACUGAAACAAAAGAAUAAGUUGACAGAUUGGAAACAAGUACUUUUGACGUCUCAAACAAUACAUGCUUCGUUAGAUAAUGAUUUAAAUAAUUCUGGUUUGAAUGAAAGUGAAGUAAAGUCAGAAUCAGAUGAAAUGGGAAUGAAGUUGGAUAUCUAUAAUAAGUCUUUCAAAGAAAAUGUAGCAGCUACUCCUCCAGCUGUAUGUGAGCAAGAUAAGAACUUAUCCUACGCGUAUGCUAUGCUCAGUAUGCCUUCUACGCACUCAGGAAUUUCUCCUAAACAACGGGUUGCAUGUGGUAUUCGUAGAGGAGUAGAACCUUUCGUUACUCCAACACGACUUAAAACCAAGCCUCAGCCCCAGUGUGGUACUGUUUUUGAUACUUGUUCGUAUCGGCGUCCGCGUAAUAAGGAAAACUGGCCACCUACAGCGAUGAGAGUUCGAGGUCAAAUCAAGAUUAUUAAUGACACACGUCCUAAAAGUAAUGUUUACGGAUCACCGUCACAAGUUAUUUCUUCACCUUCGUCUGCAAAUACAAGGUCUCAAUCCGUUGAGCGCCCAAAUGCUUUCCCCCUCACUCCAGUCCAAGUUCCGCGCCAUGAUCGUACUCCACGAUCUUCAUCCAAAACACCACGUUUUCGUCAGCGAGUUUUUGCUUCCCUGGAACGACAAGCAGAUAAAAUGAUCAAUUUAUUGACACCACGAAAAGUUAAAAGUUGCGGUCCGGAAAUAUUGAAGCAAGCCAAAACAAUGGUAAAUAUAUCUAUCACAUCAUCUAAGGAUCCCAAGCUCGUACGUGACGAACUUUUGCGUGUUUUCGCUGAGCAAGACAUUUGCACUGAGCAUCAUGGAUGGAAAAUAUCGGGAUGGAAAAAAGAUGAAUUCAAUCGAGUGAUGACUGUUGAACUUGAGGUAGUUUUGAUUGAAAUGGGUAAUAAGGAAGAAUUGGUGGGUGUAAAACGAAAACGGCUUAAUGGUGAUGCUUUCCUGUAUAAAAAAGUUUGUGAACAAGUUCUGCGGCUUGCCGGUUUAUAAUG